AUGGCUUCUCCCUCAGACCAGGAAGAAACUGGGCCGGCUCCAGCCUCCCUGGCCUCACGCUGGUGGUUCUCUCGCCGGUCUGCUUCCAAGCGGGACGACCGCCGAGAAGAUACAGACACGAGCAGUGGCGAGCCUGAAAAGAACACCACCCAGCCUACAAAAUGGAGUUUGGGAGUGCUCAACGAUUCAUCCACCCAUGAAGUCCCUGGCUCUGUUCUUCUUCUGUCAGGCCAGCGCAAUCAGCCCUUGGGUCUUCGAAAUGCGCCGGCUAGAGCGUCUCAUUCCUCCUUACCUCCACAACCUUUUACUACCAUUCAGAAUGACCACGAACCUCUGCCGGAGGAGCUACCGGAAGGCAAGAAGACCACACCCGAUGGUGCCGUGAUACUCAACCCCCAGCCGGACGAAUCACAGAAUGACCCAUUGAAUUGGCCCAAGUGGAGGAGAGAUGCUUCACUGUUAUCGCUCGGUCUCUAUUGCAUGAUUGGUGGUGGUAUGACUACAAUCCUAGCCGCGGGCUUCACCAAUGUCGCCGAGACAUACGAUGUCACAGUGCCGCAGGUAGCGUUGACUACCGGACUGUAUAUGAUGGGGCUCGGCGUGGGUUCGAUUAUCGCCUGUCCAACGGCCAUUCUAUUUGGAAAACGGCCCGUAUACCUGGCCAGCGCUUUGGUAUUCGUUCUUUCCUCGGUCUGGUGCGCUCUAUCGCCGACCUACUCUUCCUUGAUUAUUGCAAGAGUCGUCAUGGGCCUCUCAGUCAGCUCGGUUGAGUGUCUGCCAUCGGCGACUGUUGCCGAGAUCUUCUUUCUCCAUGAGCGUGCAUAUCGUAUUGGCAUAUAUACCCUUCUCCUUUUGGGCGGAAAGAAUUUGGUGCCUUUGGUUAGUGCAGUGAUCAUCCAGUCUCUAGGCUGGCGAUGGGUUUUUUGGAUCGUGGCCAUGUAUGUUGGCUUCUGUGGGAUGCUCCUUUUCGUUUUUGUGCCCGAGUCAUUCUGGGAUCGGACGCCGCGACCAAAGAAACAUAAAAUAUCAGGGAAUACAUCCAAAUCGUCUCUAUUUCGGAGUAAGGCGGCGUCUCAGGCGCUCUCAGGGGAGCAUACCGUUAUUGAUGGGAAGCCUGGAGAGAUUAAUGAUGAGAGCAGCCCAGCUGCCAGUUCGGCCGGGGCAGCUCUCCCCCAGAGGCCCCCGGUAGUUCAACGAGCUACUAGUCGCAGCCUGCGUUUUGAUAUGGGCCACCAGGCGAGGUUCACCAGCGACUUGGAGAAGCAGGCAGAUGGUCCUACUGAAGGACUUCCGGAGUCGGAAGUUAGUGAAAUGGGCCAAAACAACACUGCAUCCCUAGAUCAGACCAAAGGCGAACAUUCAAACCCAGAUAUUUCGGGUAGCCGAUUAGAAGGCGAGGCUACAUCUAGUGGACUCCAACCUGCACAUACUGAAGCGUACGACUUCCAACAAGAGGCGGGAACUGGCCGCCCACCCACGGGGAGGACAGAUUCGUACGCCGAUGGAAUGGCUAUCGGGACCUUUGAACCCCCUCUUAUUUCCCAACGCUAUACCAACACGAUGCGGAGCCGCCCGGCGUUGACAUUCGUUCAGCAGAUGAAGCCUUAUAAUGGACGGUUCUCCAACGAGAAUUGGCUGCGUGUUGCCGUCCGACCCUUUAUCCUAUUCGCAUAUCCCGCCGUGCUCUGGUCAGCAGGCGUCUAUGGCUGCGCCGUUGGAUGGCUGAUCGUCCUUUCUGAGUCCGUGGCGGAAAUCUACCGCAGCCCAGAUACAUACGACUUCCACGCCCUUGCCACCGGCUUGGUCUACCUCUCCCCGUUUAUUGGCGGCAUCCUGGGCACUUGCGUCGCCGGGAAGGUUAGUGACAUUGUGGUAAAAGCAAUGGCGAAACGCAAUGGCGGGUUGUACGAACCGGAAUUCCGCCUCGUGAUGGCUGCCCCCGUGGCCCUCACAACCGUGGUAGGGCUCAUGGGCUUCGGCUGGUCCGCGCAAAACCACGAUCACUGGAUCGUGCCCACCGUUUUCUUCGGCAUCACCUCCUUCGGCUGCACCCUCGGUUCGACCACCGCCAUCACGUUCUGCGUAGACAGCUAUCGGCAGUAUGCGGGCGAGGCACUUGUCACGCUCAAUAUCACCAAGAACAUCUUGCAUGGCUUGGUGUUUAGUUUGUUCUUCAAUAACUGGCUAGAGAAGGAUGGGAGUAGGACGGUGUUUAUCUGGUUGGGAGUUAUCCAGUUGGUUCUUAUGGCCUUCACAAUCCCUAUGUAUAUAUUCGGGAAGAGAGCGAGGAUGUGGACCGUACGGAAGGGACUGAUGGAGAAGUUUUAG